AUGCUUGGAAAAAAAAAGGGGGAAUGUGGGGGAACUGCAGUCAUAUCAUCAGAUCGAGAAAACAAAAGUCUUAAGAUGUCAAAUCAACAUAGUCAUCCAGUAAAACCAUACAACUUUGAUGUUCCAUUCCUUCGACAACACAUUACAGAAAAGGCUUUAAUAAAAACUGUAAAUUUAUAUGUGCCUCGUGGUAUAUACAUGGAAUCGAUUGUGAAUUUUCCAGAAGCUGCAAAUAAUUAUACCUUCGUUCAGUGUGCAGAAAGAAUGAGGCGAUUGCGACAAGGAAUGUUCCCAGCAACACCUCAAAAUAUUUUAGAGUUCCACAAUUUGCUUAGCAAUGAUGAAAACCAAAUGUUUACACUAACAUUACAAAAAUUACAAUUUUAUCAAGGCCCAUUGGUUGUGAAUGGAGUUAUUAAAGGUGUCCUGUUUUGCAACAUAGCUCAUAUACAGAAAAUCAAACAAAAUUUAAGAAAUGUCCGUGUAGCGGGUUGUGACGGGACAUUCAAAACUGUACCAACAUUUUUGGAUAAUGAUGCUUAUCAGAUAUUUUCAUUCCAUAUCCUGUUCAAAAACGUUAGCUUCCCACUAGUUCAUGCUAUCCUCACAGGCAAAACAAAGGAUAUUUACAAACAACUUCUGAGGUACGUCAGAAGUGUGUUACCAUUGAAUUAUGCCGAUUUAAUCAUAAUAACAGAUUAUGAGUAUGGGCUAAUUAAUGCUGCAAAAAUAGUAUUUCCGGAGAGCAAAACCCAAGGAUGUUAUUUUCAUUUUUGCCAGGCAGUCAUACGGUACACUAGAGUUAAAAAAUCUCAAAUUUUUCAUUUAAUAACAUCAAAUUUGAAUGCAAUUUGUAUACUAAGAAUGAUUUUAGCUUUGCCAUACUUACCGGCCACAAGAAUUGAUGCUUUACCGUCAAUGGAAGAUGGUUCCAAUGAAGUUAUAAAAUAUGUGAACCAAUUCCCUGAUUUAGCUGUGAAACUAAACAAUUUUUUAAUUGAUUAUAUUUGGAGAUAUUGGUUUCUGACGAUGAGCCCUGAAAAUGUCUCAGUAUAUAAUCAGGAAAUAAGGACAAAUAACUACAUUGAGAGUUAUCAUGCUUCAUUGUUAAGAUUAAUUAAACCACAUCCCAAAGUUUGGGAAUUCCUCAGUAUGGUUUAA